AUGGCAGAUUCCAAGGUGACGUUGAAGCUUCUUGUUGACACACAGGCUGGCAAAGUCCUUUUUGCUGAAGCAGGCAAAGACUUCGUAGAUUUUCUUUUCUACGUUCUUUCUUUGCCUGUUGGCACAGUGGUUAAGCUCUUAAGUUCGAAAAGCAUGGUGGGUUGCUUAGGUGAUCUUUAUGAUAGUAUCAACAGUCUUAGUGAAACCUACAUGCAACCAAACCAGAACAAGAACUUGGUGCUGAAUCCAAAAUGUCCAACAUGUGCCACUGGAUUACCUCUUUUGAUGUCUCAUCAGGAAUCGAAAACUCAAAAGUUUUACACAUGUAAUAACGAUAACGGUAACGGAUAUUCUCACAGCUUCGGGUAUUCAUACAAAGUUCAUUAUAAUGUGAGUGAUGUACCAAAUGUUCUUUGUCCUCAAUGCCAAAAAUAUAUGAACCGUGAGAUGUCUUAUAUUUCACCGGCACGUGAAAACACUGGAGCUGUAGCUGUUGGAGGGUUUAUCAAAGGGGUGGUGACUUACAUGGUGAUGGAUAAUUUAGAGGUGAUGCCAGUGUCAACUAUAUCUAGUAUUACUUUGAUUAACAAGUUUGAUGUUAAGGAUGUCGGUGCACUUGAAGAAAGGGUUGUCGAUUUCUGCAUAGAUGAGGGUGUGAAGCUGUUGAAGGCAUCUCUGGAAUGCAAGAAUGUUUUAACAAGUAUUUUCAUUGGGAAGAAUAAGGGCAGGAAGUAA